AUGUUUAAAAAUCUGAGUACCGGUGCAAUCGGCAUCCGGGCAAAUAUGACAGAAGGCUUAGCGUUAGCAAAAAAUUCCGGUUUUGAAGGUCUCGACCUGAACAUUGACGAAGCCAACCAACUCGCACAGGAAAACUCUGUUCAACACGUGAAAGACCUCUGGUCAGAAGCGGGCAUCGCGAUGGGCGGAUGGGGAUUCGGUGUGAAUUGGCGUGGUCCCGAUGCUGAUUAUUACGCAGGCUUAGCACAACUACCCGAACGCGCAGCACUCGCCGCAGAGUUGGGUUGCUAUCGGACAACCACCGUCGUGGGACCCGCCUCAAACGACAUGACGUAUCAGGAGAAUUGGGAUUUUUCUGUCAAACGGCUCCGGCCUAUUGCCGAGAUUCUCAAAGAACAUGGACAUUCAAUCGGGCUUGAGUUCAUUGGACCGGCAACGAGCCGCAAAGGUUCCAAGUUCCUCUUCGCUUAUUCGAUGGAUGCGAUGUUAGGGCUUUCCGCUGCUGUCGGUACAGGAAACGUUGGACUGCUGUUCGAUACAUGGCACUGGUACACCUGCCGUUCCACAACCGACGAUGUUCGCAAACUUUCUGUAUCGGAUGUUGUUUACGUUCACAUCAACGAUGCACCUGCCGGUAUCGAUCCGGACGACCAGAUUGACAACAUCAGGUGUCUCCCCGCCGAAACCGGGGUAAUCCCGCUCACCGAGUUGAUGCAAAUUCUGACAGAUCUCGGCUACGAAGGACCCGUGACACCAGAACCGUUCAGCAAAAAGGUGGCCAGCAUGGAGCCUGCUGAUGCGGCGAAAGCCACAGCGGAAUCAUUGGAUCAGGUGUGGGAAAACGCGGGUCUGUAG